UAUUUAUCGUGAGCAAAAUGGACUACGACAGUGAAGAUGAUUUUUUGUUUUUGUUGGCGGCAUCGGCACUGGCAUUACGCAAAAAACCAAAAAAAAAUAGAACGAAACGUAAGCUAUGGAUACAUCCCAUAGUUAUGGAAAGAAACAAGAAGGGAUAUUUCAAUACCAUCUAUAAGGAGAUUUGUGAAGAUCCGGAAAAUUUUUUAAAUUUCACCAGAAUGUCAAAGGAAUCAUAUCAAGAGUUACUUUUAUUGAUCCAAGAGCCAUGUACAAAAGCUAAUACUACUAUGAGAGAAAGCAUAUCAGUGGAAGAAAAGCUUUUGAUAACUUUAAGGUACCUAGCAACUGGUUGUUCAUUUGUGGAUUUGCACUAUGCAUUUAGAAUUGGAAAAUCUACAGCAAGUUUGAUUGUUCAAGAAGUUUGUAAAGCACUAUGGGCGCAUGUUAGGCAAAUGGCUUUUCCAGUUUUAAAUGCCGAAAAGUGGAUGGAAAUCGCUGAGGGAUUCAAGAAACAUUCCAAUUUUCCGAACUGCAUAGGUGCGAUUGAUGGCAAACACAUUAGACUGAUACGGCCAUCUAAUAGUGGUUCUAUGUUUUAUAAUUAUAAAAAUUAUUUUUCGAUGGUACUAUUUGCAAUGUGUGAUAGUAAUUAUUUAUUUACAUACAUUGAUGUGGGCUCGUACGGAAAAUCUAGUGACUCUGGAAUUUUUAAAAAUUCUACACUUUUUGAAAAAAUGGUUAACGGAACACUACAUAUUCCUGCAGCGGCACCGAUCGAAGGAGAUGCUACUACAGAUUAUCCUUUUGUUAUAGUAGGUGAUGAAGCAUUUCCUCUAUUAGAAAAUUUGCUGAGGCCUUAUGGUGGAUCAAACUUAACUUACAACAAAAAAAAUUUUAAUUAUAGAUUAUCCAGAGCUCGACGGUACAUUGAAUGUGCUUUUGGUAUAUUGGCUAAUAAAUGGCGCAUUUUUCAUAGACCCAUUAAUGUACAGAUCGAUCUAGCUGAAGACAUAAUUAAAGCCUGUUGUGUUCUUCAUAAUUUUGUGAGAGUCAGAGAUGAAAACCGUAGCGAUAACAUUGAAGCAGGAACAACGUAUGACAAUUUGACAGUUGAUUCAUUUAGCAGAGGGAAUCCAAGGGCAUUAAAUGGCCAAGAUAAAUUUGCAAAUUAUUUUGUUAAUAUUUAUCCACUAGAGUGGCAAAACGAAUCAAUAUAAACUAUAUGUAUAUUAUAUAUGUAUAUUAUAUCAUUAUUAUUAAA